AUGCCUCAGCUGAUGGACAAAGGACUGCCCACGGUGUCCGCGCUGCACGCUAAGCUGCAUAGGCUUCGAGGCCUACAUCUGGGAGGGAAGUCAGAAGCACUGGGCGACUUCUGGCAAAGACUAGAGAUACCCUCACAUGCCCAGGUCUUUGUCGACUUCGACUUUUUUGGCAGUCCUGGGUCAGGCGGGACCGCAUUCGACCAAGAAACGCUAGCGAAGGUCGCAGACCACCUGAACUCACCCGUGUAUGACAGUUUCAAGCUUGGGAUGACGCUAUCCUAUGAUCUCGUGUUGCAGUUAUGGUCCUCGGAGAUGCAUGGGGCUGUCAGCCUGGACAUAGACGCGUCUCUUGAGCUGACCGCGGAUCCAGCGACGGGCGCCGCUUUCACGAUAAGAGCGCCUAUCGGUUCACGGGAAUAUCUCGAAGGUUUUGUUAUUGAUGAAUCCGAACCGUCUCCCAUUUACUGGGGUGCGAACAUCAAAGACCCAUACCUGAAAUACCUAAAUGAACUAGCCAGGGAAUUUUAUUAUCGCACCAACACACUGAUAUGGGAGCUCAAAUCAUCCACACUCAAGUACUUUGACUUGGUGGAUCUUCCGCACGUCGCACCCGAGAGGGGCAUGUGGGGUAGCAUCAAUGAUCCAGAUAAGUGUCUCGACCGCUUGUCCUCGCUGCAGGUGGCGGGAGUGGUGACUCCCGUGGCAUCCCGGAACGUGACUUUCAGCUGGUCCCUGAUAUACCGCGUCUUGGGGGACCUCAAGAGUAUGCGGGAUAGAUACUUCGCCGAUUGUGGGAGCAUUACGAUCGUCAACUUUCCUUGUGCCUCCUUUGUCAGUCCAAAGCGAUACGACUCAAAGCUCAAUGCGGAGGCUUGGGAUCUUCUACGACGUUAUUUUGAGUCAAAUAGACUCAAGCACUCGUUGAUUCUAUCUGAGUCAGUGUCCGAUAUGUCGAAUAUGGAGCGUUCUGAGGAGCCGGACCACGGAUGCGGGGACCAGGAGUCUUACGAUGAUGCAGUCAGAGCCGUUACCCAGGAAGGUUAUCGACAGAUCGCCCCUUUCGUUACAGGAUUCGAGGACUUGCGAGUGCAUAACCUGCGCUCUCGGGAUAUCAUGUUGCCUAUGUAG